CAGAAAAUCUUCAUGCAGAAAAGAAGGGGCGCCCAACUACAGCAAGCAGUAAGAUCAAGAAACAGGCAAAUGACUUGGUGAAUACAUUGAUGAAAUGCACACCUCAUUAUAUUCGGUGCAUCAAACCAAAUGAGACAAAGAAACCCAGAGACUGGGAGGAAAAUAGGGUCAAACAUCAAGUAGAAUAUUUAGGGUUGAAGGAAAACAUCCGCGUACGCAGAGCAGGAUAUGCCUACAGGAGGGUGUUCAAGAAAUUCCUGCAGAGAUAUGCAAUUUUGACCAAAGAGACUUGGCCUACAUGGCGUGGAGAUGAGAAAAGGGGUGUCCUCCAUUUACUGCAUUCUGUCAAUAUGGAGCCUGACCAGUUCCAGUUGGGGAAAACAAAAGUGUUCAUUAAAGCUCCUGAGUCACUAUUUCUGUUGGAGGAGAUGCGUGAAAGAAAAUAUGAUGGCUAUGCUCGAACAAUUCAGAAAGCCUGGAGGAAGUACGUAGCCCGGAAGAAGUAUGUGGAAAUGCGAGAACAAGCCUCUGAUCUUUUCCUAAACAAAAAAGAAAGAAGGCGCAAUAGUAUUAAUCGGAAUUUCAUUGGAGAUUACAUUGGUAUGGAGGAACAUCCAGAACUUCGACAGUUUUUGGGAAAACGGGAAAAAGUAGAUUUUGCAGACAUUGUUACCAAGUAUGACCGCAGAUCAAAAGGCAUAAAAAGAGACCUUAUACUAACACCGAAAUCUGUGUACCUCAUUGGACGGGAAAAAAUGAAACAGGGUCCAGAUAAGGGACUAGUGAAGGAAGUUGUGAAAAGAAAGAUCGACAUUGAACGUAUUCUCUCUGUCUCUCUAAGCACACUGCAGGAUGACUUUUUCAUUCUUCAUGAGCAAGAAUAUGAUAGUCUGUUGGAAUCGCUGUUCAAGACCGAAUUCAUAAGUCUCUUAUCCAAGCACUACGAAGAGAAAACCCAAAGAAAACUACCUCUGAAGUUCAAUAAUACGCUUGAAAUGAAGUUAAAGAAAGAAUCUUGGGGCCCAUGGAGUGGAGGAAGUGGCUCCCGACAGGUACAGUUUGUUCAAGGGUUUGGAGAUGUAGCCAUACUGAAACACAGCAAUAAGGUGCUACAGGUCAACAUUGGUCCAGGCCUUCCAAAGAACUCUCGGCCCACAAGGAGAAAUGUUGUUGAUGGAAGAAAUAACACAAAUAAAGUCAAGUCCUAUCCAAGCAGAGCUGCUCCACCACCACCAGGGUCUCAUCAAAAUGGGGUGAUACAGAGUUCCCAGUAUGGGCAUCAGCAACCGAAACAUGGAAGGCAAUAUAGUAACUCUAGAACAAACCAUCCUUCUAUGGACCACCCAACUUUACCAAGGCAAGUGGCUGGAGCUUCAGCCAGAAAUCUACAGCAACCACAAAGCUUGGAUUGUCUGCGUGUGCCAGACCAAGGUGUCGCAGGUGCACGCCGGCAGACAACAAACCGGCCCCCACCAGGAGGAGGAAGACCCAAGCCUCAGCCUAAACCAAAACCAAACGUGCCACAAUGCAAGGCCCUAUAUGCAUAUGAUGCACAAGAUACAGAUGAACUUAGCUUUAAUGCCAAUGAUGUCAUAGAUAUAGUCAAAGAAGAUCACUCAGGAUGGUGGACAGGCCGACUACGUGGCAAGCAAGGACUCUUCCCUAAUAAUUAUGUGACCAAGAUCUAA